AUGAAUUUCACAGACUUCAAAGCCGCCGGAAUCAAGGAGGAGAACAGACAAAAUAGGCCCGCCACGGCAGGAUACACCUUCAUUCAAUUUCUGGACCGAAUUUGUGAGGUUGAAGCUCUAAAAGAAAAACUAUCACCUGAAAAAUGUGGUCGCGGGAGAACGUCACGUGCACACCGCGCUUUGGUGGUACCAAGUAGCGAAUGCUCCUGGGAGACGUCUAAAUGUUCUGAAUAA